AUGGUUAAAAUUUUUGGAUCAUCAAACAAAAAAACAAUAUUUUUCAUAUUUAUUGUGUUGAUGAUAGCUUUCGUCAUUAAUAAUAUUGGAAUCAAUCAAUUAAGUGAAAAAUCAAAAGAAGAAAAAGAAGAAGAUAUGUCAAGAGGUGGUUUUAAUAACAACAAUAAUAAUAAUAACUAUAGACCUAAUUACUUUUUAGGAUUGCAAAUCACUGAACCAACUAUCACUGAUCAAUUGUCACAAGCACAGAAACAUAUAGCAAACACUGUACCAUUGAUAAGAAGAGAUGUUACAGCUGCAGAGAAGUUUCAUCUCACCGUAUUUGUAAUGACUCUCACCGAUGUUCAAGUGCAACUACCUCUUGUAAAAUCAUUGCUACAACAGGCAAAACUGAUUUCAAAUGAGAUCUUUGGUGAGAAUACACCUUCUUCAACUAUAAAGGGAAUUGGAUCAUUCAAUGAUCGUGUAUUAUGGUCUGGUUUGAAAGAUGAUGAAAACUCUGCUAGAUUAACAGAGUUCCAAUCACGUUUGGUUAAAUUGUUCGAAGAGAACAAUAUAAAUAUAGACAAAAGAUGGAAUCCACAUAUCACUUUAGCUAAAGGUAGAGGUGGUCAACACUUUGUUGAUGCAUUCAAUGAUACAGAAUUUGGUUUACAAAAAUUUCAAUCACUGCAGCUGCUGCGCAUAGGAAGUUCAGACCCAAUAACAAAAUAUUAUAAAAUAGAAGAAUCUUAUGCACUUUAA